UUGUGUAUAAAUAUUAAAUUUCUGCAAUUUUUAGAAUAAGAUUUUCUAAAAAAAAAUUUUACACAGAUUUAUAGCCAUGAACGAAACGAAUUUUGCCACAUACGACAGCUACUUUGGCAGUACAAAUUUCCCGAUAUCUUCAGUUGAGAGUGAAUUGAUGGACUAUGAUUUGCCACCACAAAAUCACUAUUUAAACAAUAUGCCUUGUGACUUACCACCCGCCUCGUCUUCUGUAGAGCAGAGACAUUCCAGCCAAACUAAUGUAUUUCCAUAUCUGUCACAUACCCGAGAGGAGCAAGAUAGACUAAAGGAUUCCAGCAGUGCCAGCAGCGCUCCCACAACGAAUGGAUUUAGUACCAUACCAUUUGUUCAGAUACAUACCACAGAUGUUCAGCCGCCACACAGAAGUUAUGGCAAUGUGUUUCGAAGGAACAUUAGUAGGCAAGAGGAGAUAAAAUCGGAGCCUAUAAAAUCAGAAAGUUCUGAGGCUUCGAAAGAUCGCACCAAUGCCACACCUACUCCGCCUAGAGUGCCAUCAGCAACACAGCAGAUACCAAAUGAGAAUACUGAGGAUCAACGGGAAUGUGAAGAAGAGAUUUUUGGCAGACCCAGCAUACAUAAAUGUUCUAUUUGUCCAUAUAUCAGCUUAAGGGAAUGCGAAAGAAAUGACCACGAAAGACUGCAACACAGUGAUGAAUCAAAGAAACAAGCUGCGAUGCAAAAGGAAAUCAAAUGCCCAGGCUGCAACAAUAUAUUUUUUGCACAGCAGUCCCUAGAGAUACAUCUGAAACUUGACCAUUUGGUGCCAGAAAAUGAGAUUUCGAAAUUUGUAAAAUAUAUGGAAAACAGAACAAACGAGCAAAUUCAAAAAGUCAGCAAGGCUACAAAUGAGAGCGAUGAAAAUGUAGAACCUCCGAGAAAAAGCAGAAUUUAUUUGAAGAACGUAGAAUGUCUACGUGAACCCAAUCGUCAACCCAUUGAACAGACUGAAAACCAAUUGAGCGGGAAUGGAAAUAAUAACAACAACCAUGGAACUGAGAAUCAAAACUUCAAACCUCCCAAGCAGAAGAUAUCCAUUAAAAGUGUGGAUGUUCUUAGAGAACCGGCUUUGCUAAGGAGAGACUAUGAAUUGGGGAGUGUAAAUUUUAAUUCUUAUAAUGGAAGUGGAAGCAAUCACCUAACACCAUUAGAUAUAUCCAAUCGCACUCACGAAGCAUACAAUCCAAGCAGGAAAAAUAGUUUACAACAUAACACCUGCAACAAUGUGGGUAGUGAUAAUAGCAAAACCUCUAUGGCAAUUUCUAACAGUGUUAGCUCUCAAAAGCAGACAACUGAGAAACCAAGAAAGCCAAAAAUUUACGUUAAAAGCGUAGAAAGUUUUAAUCUAAUGCCCUUGGAGGCUUUGCAUUCUGCAAAUUCUGAUUUCAUAGGAAGCAGUAGCAGUACGACAAAUCAGAACUAUGAUUCAAACUUCGUAAGCAUGCCUUACAUUUACGAAACUAACGCUAACGCAUCAAGUGCAAAUGCAGUAACUAAUAAUGCAACAUUCUUAAAUGGUCACCAAGUAGAUGCUGCCUAUCAAAUAGUUAAUGAUCCUACACAAAAUACUAGUGGUUACAUUAUGGAUAAUUCGUUGUACAUGACCAAUAUGAGUGAUACAAAUGCCACAGGUGGACAAGUCGAAAGUUUAUCAUUGGUUACAGAAAACACCUCUCCAUCGGUUGGCGCACCACACCACCACAUGCCAGAAACUGAUAAUUUUGUGAACAAAGCCAUGCCUACUUGCCAAGAACAGCAUAGGGGAACUUUGCACUUGCGCACCGUGGACGAAUUAAACUUACUCGUUGAUGAGUUGAAUGAAGUACAGCAUCUGAUAGCACCCAAUCUAGAUAACAAUCAUAGCAGUGAGACACUAUCAUCCACUAUCAAUAUGAAUGGUGAUGGCAAUCUAAUAGGUGAUUCCCUAUACGAGACGGAAUCUUUUAAAUUUCAAGAUCUAGAUAGUCAAAUGGCUAAUGAUUGGGCAGAAACUUACGAAGAUCUAGCUGUGGAUAUUAGCGGCAUUAUUACGGAUGUUGCCAAUCACACCAACGGAAGCGGCAACAAAAAUGACGAGAAUGAAGAUUGUACUAGCGAAAAUAAUCAAAAGAAUACAAACACUUUGGAUAUUGACACUCCUCAGGUGUCAUUAAUAACCAUUAGAGAUAUAGAGGAGUUAACAGGCGGAAGUGCCAUGGCUGAGACACAAUAUUUUAUUAAUUAUUCCAAUGAUAACAAUGGCCAAGAGUUUCAUACUGCCACUGCGAUGGGAAGCAAUUCUAGUGAGGCUAUAGAUCAAAAUAGUAGUGCUAUAAACCUGAAUUCAGCAACACAACACCAUAACAGCGAAAAUGCUGAAAGCCUCAAGCGUGAAUUAAGCAAUGCUACGCCAGAGUCUAAAGACUCUUCAGCAUUGAAAAACUCUGUUAUUUCGAACCCAGCAUUUGCCAAUGAACAGCAGCAUGACGGUGCUCAAGUAACAACAGUGAACACAAGAUCUCCGCAGCAUUCGUCAAGUGAAGCGAAUGCCCCGCCAUCAAGUAUUGGUCAUAGCAUGGGUAAACUCGCUCAAGAACCAAUGAACUCAUCUAUACAGCCCUAUUCAGAUACUUGCAAUACAUCUUCCGUGUCACUUGCUCAAAAUCAGCACUCUCCCAAAUCUAAAAUACGUAGCGAAGAUUUGAGCAAAACUGUAUCAGCGUCCGUAACCCCUGAUCUUCCGCCUCUGGUACCGGUAACAAAAUUUCCAACCCAAACUCCAAGCAACGUAACUUCGAAUGACAUUCCAACAUUAAUACCUUUACCACCGCUGAUUAAAAUAAAUAAGGCCCUUGCAAAAGAACCCACAAUGUCUGUAACGAACAAACAAGAAGAAGCUCCCGUUAUACAAGAAAAAGGUCGCAUUUAUGUUGCCAAUAAUCUUAUGGAACUUCCAAAGAAACCAGUAUCUGUUACUAGUGGCACUUCAGUGCGCGGAAGACCAUUUGGGGGUAGACGUGUAAAGGAACUAAAGCCACAACAAGGCAUUGCUGCUGACGAAUCAUUUGUGAAAUGUUCUGUAAAAGGUUGUGCCUUUCGAUUCAAAAGAACCGAAACCCUGGAAUACCAUCAAAAAUGUCACGACACUUCUGUGUCCACCGACAACAGUAAUCUGCAAGCUAUCAUAUGCCCAGAAUGUAAAUCGGCAGAAUUUAAUAAUUGGAAUACACUACACACCCAUCUGUGGAGAGCCCAUCAAAUCGACAUGGAACUAUACAAAUGUGAGUUGUGCGACUUUAAAACGCCCAUCUUUUCAAGGCUAGUGAACACUCAUGCCAAAAUUCAUUUUGAUGAUCGCUCCUAUAAAUGUGAACAAUGUGGAAAGGGUUUUAAAAACUCGAAACAAUUGAAAAAUCAUCGGAGAUGGCAUCGAGUUCAGGUUUCAAACUCCCUAAGCACAAACAAAGAUGCCGAGGCACCUCCACAAAUUCACCGCUGCCCGGAUUGUGGAUCGACAUUCAAGAAUUUUAAAACUUUGAAAGACCAUUGCAAUUAUUGCAAAAAUGGCGAAAGCUCCCUAAAAUGUGAUAUUUGCCAAAAGACGAUGAGCACAAAGGCAUCGUUAAAACUGCAUCUACUAAUGCACAGCGACUCUGAGAAACGUUUCAAAUGUCAGCAGUGUGAUUAUGCAACAAAUGACCAUAAUGCCUUCCGAAGACAUCGUAUGGGCCAUGAAAAUAAAAAAAUGUAUGAAUGCCAAUUCUGUGAUUAUAAAUCUGUACAAAGUGUGACAUAUCAAAAACACAUACGUCAUAAACAUCCCGAUAAAGCCGACAGUGUUAUACACAAAUGUAACCACUGCCCAUUCACCACCAUAAAUCGAUCUCUUCUCGUUGUUCAUCAAGCCAAACAUCACAAACAAAUUAUAUCCGGCGAGACUGUGGUGGACAAGACAACCGAUACCCUAGGUAGUAGUGUUAAUGUCCAACAGGAAAACACCAUUGUAGGUGUUACGACACCAGAUGUACAAAAAAGUAAAAUAAAAGUGAAAAGUAAUUUGUUUACCCUGUAAUAGCCAAAUUAUUUGGCUUCCAUUGA